AUGCUCAACAAUCAAGAGUUCGACUAUCUCAAUACAGCCAGCACGCCAACAGUGGAUGAAGUGCUUAGUGCAGCCAAGUUCCAGGUUUCAACGGAAACGAGCUUCUGGAAUAUUGAUGUGUCACAAGUUCUUGCGGCAUUCGGGCACAUGGAAGCGUGCUUUCAGUAUUCGGCAAAGGUACUGGAAAUCGGUCCGAAACUCCCAAGCUCAUGGGCAUGGAUGGGAGAGGUGUACAUCAAAAGAGAUGAUUGGCACAAGGCUAUUGAGAUAGCCAAGGGUCACAUCCAUCGCUGCCUUCACUACAUGUGCAUUGCUUAUUCAAAGGUUCACGAUGCUAUAAACCGACUUGCCGCAUGCCAGAGAGCCUUUGAAGUAGCUCCGCAUUGUGUGGAAUGCAUCAGUCGCGUCCUCUUCCAUCUACACAAAAGCCGCCAGUAUGAGGAAUAUAUCUUAUUUAUGAAACGAUUUUCAGAGGCCUCCGCGGGCUGGACCCAUGAUUGGAGCCAACUGGACGUGUCUAUGAAUGAAAACCCAUGGCCAGACUCCCUGUCCCUCAGAUUAACAGCCUCUUCGGCACUUGCAAUGAACAAUAUACCUUUCAUGAUUGCUGCAUGGUCUUCUGCUCAGAGGCUGGCUCGAAAGGAAUUCGAAACCGCCGGAGCAGCCUGUCUGGACUUGUCCUUUGCCAAAAUUUAUAAAGAUCUCGCUGAAGAUAAGGCGAAGGCGGUUGCUAUAUGGAAAAAUGUCUUUGACUCCUUCGUCGACACACGGGAUGGCUUCCCGGCCAUGAUCAAGGUUCUCUCGACGAACAGCCUCGCCAUAUAUCUUCUUUUCGAGGCAAUUGAGGUGGGUGUGGGAACACCCGAAGCAGAAGAAAAAGUUGCUCAACUGGAAGGGCUGUCGCGGCGCUUGAAUUUCACAUACAAAUCCGAACUGUGGGUCGCUUCAUACUGUCAAUUCUUCGCACCCGGUGUGUACUACCGGCUAGCUGGCCAAGACGCAAAGUUUCAGGCAUUGUUCAAGCCUGGCCUCAAGCAAGCAGUGGAAAUGCUAUAA